GCAGUAAAUUAGCCACCGAAGAUUGGGAUCGACCCAUGUUGCCCUCUUUUGAUUAAUUAUAUAAGUCUCUUUCAUUCUUUUCUGUAAAAAAAUUGUAAGUCCCGCAACCAUGGCUCACUGUAUGAGAGUUGUGCAUGGCCAGGGUAGCAGGACGAGGGUGGUUCUCUUGGAAAUCCAAAAAAGAUGUUUCAGCGUGUCUCCGUUGUCAGCAGCCGCCGCUCAGGUGGCGAUGUCGAAAUUCGAUAAAGAUGCGCUGCCAUAUGACAAGUUGUUGAAGAAUUAUGAAGUGGUACAAAAGAGGUUAGGUCGCAAGAUGACCUUGUCCGAGAAGGUCCUGUAUUCUCACUUAGAAGACCCUCAAGGACAGGAAAUCGAGCGUGGUAAAAGCUACCUUCGUCUGCGCCCCGACCGCGUGGCGAUGCAGGACGCGACAGCUCAGAUGGCAAUGCUGCAGUUCAUCUCGUCAGGUCUACCGCGCGUCGCCGUACCCUCCACCAUCCACUGCGACCACUUGAUCGAGGCUCAGAUUGGCGGGGAGCAGGACUUGGCUAGAGCUAAGGACAUCAACAAAGAAGUAUACAAGUUCUUAGAAACAGCUGGUGCGAAAUACGGCGUGGGAUUCUGGAAGCCAGGCUCCGGUAUCAUCCAUCAGAUCAUCCUGGAGAACUACGCGUUCCCUGGCCUGCUUAUGAUCGGCACUGACUCUCACACACCCAAUGGAGGUGGCCUUGGAGGUCUUUGCAUUGGUGUGGGUGGUGCCGAUGCCGUGGACGUGAUGGCCGAUAUCCCAUGGGAGCUAAAAUGCCCGAAGGUCAUCGGUGUCAAGCUUACUGGUAAAAUGUCCGGAUGGACCAGCCCUAAAGACGUGAUCCUGAAGGUAGCCGGCAUUCUUACCGUAAAAGGUGGCACCGGUGCCAUAGUCGAGUACCACGGCCCCGGUGUGGACUCCAUUUCCUGCACUGGUAUGGCCACCAUCUGCAACAUGGGUGCUGAGAUCGGAGCUACAACUAGUGUGUUCCCCUACAACAGCCGCAUGGAGGCAUACCUUAAGUCGACCGGUCGCAAGAACAUCGCGGAAGCCGCUAACAAAUACAAGCCUCUGCUAACGCCCGACGCGAACGCGCCCUACGAUGAGAUGGUCGAAAUCGACCUAUCAACCCUCGAGCCCCACGUGAAUGGUCCGUUCACGCCCGAUCUGACCAACCCGAUCUCUCAACUCGGCCAAAACGCUAAAAAGAACAAUUGGCCAAUGGAUAUCAAGGUCGGCCUCAUUGGAUCUUGCACCAACUCUUCCUACGAGGACAUGGGCCGCUGCGCCAGCAUCGUUAAGGAGGCAAUUAGUCACGGGCUGAAGUCGAAGAUUCCGUUUAACGUGACCCCAGGCUCGGAGCAGAUACGCGCCACCAUCGAGCGUGAUGGGAUCGCUAAGACACUCAGGGACUUCGGAGGCACUGUAUUAGCCAACGCGUGCGGCCCCUGCAUCGGACAAUGGGACCGUCGCGACGUGAAAAAGGGAGAGAAGAACACCAUCGUGACGUCAUACAACCGCAACUUCACGGGCCGCAACGAUGCCAACCCCGCCACUCACUGCUUCGUCACCAGCCCUGAGCUCGUCACUGCUCUGUCUAUCGCUGGUCGCCUGGACUUCAAUCCAUUAAAGGACGAACUGACAGGCAAGGACGGCAAAAAGUUCAAACUAUCCGACCCGUUCGGCGACGAGCUGCCCUCCAAGGGCUUCGACCCCGGCCAGGACACGUACCAACAUCCCAUUGCUGACGGAAGCAAAGUACAAGUGGACGUGUCUCCGUCAUCGGAUCGACUGCAACUCCUGGCGCCUUUCGAAAAAUGGGACGGCAAAGACCUCACUGACAUGACCAUCCUCAUAAAGGUGAAAGGAAAAUGCACCACCGACCACAUCUCCGCUGCUGGACCCUGGCUCAAGUAUCGUGGCCAUCUCGACAACAUCUCCAACAACAUGUUUAUCUCAGCAACGAACGCAGAGAACGGUGAGCUGAACAAAGUGAAGAACCAAUUGACGGGCGAGUGGGGCCCAGUGCCCGCGACAGCGCGUGCGUACAAAGCAGCGGGGGUGCGCUGGUGCGUCAUCGGCGACGACAAUUACGGCGAAGGCUCCAGCCGAGAGCAUGCCGCAUUGGAACCGAGGCAUUUGGGCGGAUACGCCAUCAUAGUCAAGUCAUUCGCUAGGAUCCACGAGACGAACCUGAAGAAGCAAGGUAUGCUGCCGCUGACAUUUGCCAACCCUGCUGAUUACGACAAGAUUCAACCCACUGACAAAAUCUCGCUACUUGGACUUAAGGACCUCGCGCCUGGGAAGCCAGUGGUGUGCGAAGUGAAGCAUGCAAAUGGGUCGACAGAAAAAAUCAUGCUGAAUCACUCAUUGAACGAGCAACAGAUCGCCUGGUUCCAAGCUGGCUCAGCCCUUAACAGAAUGAAGGAGCUUGUUGCGGGCAAAAAGUGAUCAUCGAUUCUAUAUUAGUUUUGAGUACUUGCACUGGACCUUGUAUUAAUUUUUUGUUACUAUUUCUUAUCCCUAGCUACAAAAUACGGUCUUAAAAUCAUUUUUCGAUGUUAGUUCCGUAAAUUGAGCAUAAUUUUGAAUAUAGGGAAAUCUAUAAUUUUUAGGUGCAGUGUAUAGUGCAAAGUGCAAGGAACUGCGCUGUUUGAGGCCGAAAUUUGGAAUCUAAUUAAUAUGUUAGACAGGAGAGGAUAGC